AUGUGGUUGACUAGGAUAGGUAGCCUUCCAGGUUUGGUGGCGAGAAGACCACAUUUGAUAGGAUCAGGGGUUUCUUUAGGCAAAAGAUUUGUAUCGAGUGAGAUUCAGCAGAAGGAUGAGCAGGCAGGUGAAUCAAGUACUGCUACUGAUACCGGUAUCAUACAUAAGACUGAACAAGAGACGCUGAUAUAUUUUGACAACGUUUAUCCAAGAGCUACAUCGUUUUGGAGUCCCGCACAGUGGUAUAACCUGGUAUUGACAAAUCAAUCGCGAGAAGCUGUAAGGGAUAAGAUUAAGAACUUUGCUAGUCCUGCAGACAAUCCAAUCCAUGGGCUAGAGUUGAGAUCUAGUAUUCCUGUAAAGCGAGAUGGAGGAGUUUUUGCUACUUUCUUGGUGCCACAUCAGUAUACUAAAGCUCAGGUGAACGCGAUGAUACAGCAGAAUACGUCUCAGGAAUCGUCGAAAUCCAUUUUGUCGUAUUUCACUAAGGCUGCCGCUUUUCCAGUCAAAGGUUACCCUUGGAUCGAGGAUUUGCGCAGAUUGCCUAAUAAGACGAUAGUGGUGAAGUUCCAGGGUCCAGCGUUGACAGAGGAAGAAAUUUACUCGUUAUUCAGACGGUACGGUACGAUCUCUGACAUUUUUCCAGUGACAGGAUCUGACAACACUGCUCGAGUUAAGUACAGAUCGUUUAGAGGUGCAAUUUGCGCUAAGAACUGUGUCUCCGGUAUCGAAAUCCACAAUACCGUUUUGCAUAUACAGUACGAGAAAAUCGAGCAGGGUCACUUAAUCAGUAAUUUCUUCAUCAAUCAUACCAGGAUAGCUAUCCCAGUGAUGAUUGGGUUGCUUUCGAUUAUCGCAGUUUUGAUCUUUGAUCCCAUUAGAGAGUUUUCCAUUGAGCAAAAGAUCACCCAUCGAUACUCAAUCUCUUGGGAUAAUCAUUGGCUCAAACAAAUACGAAAACUUACUUCUUCAACCAUGUCGCAGUUCAGAAACUAUUGGGGCUCCGAGGAUGCCUCCAACUCGCAAAAGCACUUAUGGGAAGAGCGGAUCGAAAAGGUUAACGAUUUAAAGAUGUGGCUGGAGGAAAAUAACAACACUUUUGUCGUCAUUAGAGGUCCAAGAGGCUCUGGUAAACAUGAAUUGGUCAUGCAACACACUUUACAAAACAGGGAUAAUGUUUUGUAUUUGGAUUGUGAUAAAUUCAUCAAGUCAAGGACCGAUGCGAAAUUCUUGAGAAACGCAGCAAACCAGUUGGGGUAUUUCCCAAUCUUCCCAUGGUUUAACUCGGUAACUAACGUCAUAGAUUUGAUGGUUCAAGGUUUGACAGGGCAAAAGAGUGGUUUGUCGGAAACCAAAGAGGCUCAAUUUAGAAAUAUGCUGACCACCGGUUUGAUGUCCAUCAGACAUAUUGCUUUGAAAGGUUACAGGACCACCAUUAAGAACGGCGAUGAAAGCAUCAAUAUAAAGGAAGAGGAUUAUUUACAACAACACCCAGAGGAGAAACCUGUCAUUGUCAUCGAUCGAUUUACGGGUAAAUCUGAGAUCAAUGGGUUCAUAUACAAAGAACUAUCUGAUUGGGCAGCAAUGCUUGUGCAGAUGAAUAUCGCUCAUGUUAUCUUCUUAACGGAAACAGUUGCACCCAACCAAAUUCUAUCCGAGUCUCUUCCAACGCAAGUCUUUAAGACAUUAAUCUUGUCCGAUGCUUCUAAGGAGAACUCAAAAAAGUAUGUUCUUGCUCAGCUAAUUGACCAAAAUAUGCAAACUGCUAAACUAGUAGCCGAUGGCGAGAAUACCGAUGUUGAAAAGAAGGUUGAUAUUGACGAAAAGAUUAUUAAAGAGAUAGACGAAGUUUUGGAACCUUUAGGUGGUAGGAUGCUAGAUUUACAAGCCUUCGUCAGAAGAGUCAAAUCCGGGGAGGAACCUAAAGAAGCAUUGGACAAGAUGGUUGAACAAUCUUCAGAACAAAUAACCCAAAUUUUUUUGAGUGAUAAAGUUGACCCCAUCAAGAGCGCCCAAGCAUGGGAAUUAAUUGAGCUUCUAACUGAACACCCCAAGGUUACUUUUGAAGACAUAGUCUUCAGACCUCUUUUCAAGGCCGCACCCGAGCUGGGAAUCACUGAACUAGAAAACAAUGGUCUAGUCAGUGUUUCUAGAGAGAGAGGAGUGCUAAAAGAGAUCUUUCCAGCCAAACCUCUCUAUAGAGCCGCAUUCCAGUAUCUGGUAAACGACCCAGACCUGUCAACGAUUUUAAAAACACGCUACCUACUGAAAGUGGUCGGUUUUGAAGCCGGCAGAAUCAAAAAGUGGGAAGAAGAAUUACGUCCUCUCGGCAAAUCUGGCGAUCCCAAGAUGUUCAAGAGCAGACUCACUUAUCUCGCCAAGAAGAUCGAUGCAAGCAGCGCUGUCAUUGACAAAUGCGAGGAAGAGAUCAAAAAUCUGUCGCAGAAAAACAAGUAA